UAAUAAUAAUAAUAAUAAUAAUAAAAUUUAGCUAAGAGAAAGCAGCAACCGGAGGAGCUACGAGUGCGCGUGGGACGCAUUCUAGAAAGUCGGACCCUGUAUAUGCAUGCGACGCUCAACGUUUGAUUUAUUUCUCAAUUCAACUCGUCAGCUCUGUAUGGCAAUGAAGUUGCCUGAUCCCUCAAGCUCUUUUAAGAAAGCAGGAAUUUUGUUGGCUCCAAAAAUCCGUCUCCCUGAGGAUCACCGGCUUGAACGAGAGGUUUAUGAUCGUGUAUAAUGCGGUCGGGCUUCCACAAACCUGGUGCCUUUCCCUUUCUCGCUCUUCUUCUUAUUUCAUUGCUCAGCUUGGUGGCCUCUUUGGCAAAAGAGUGGGACUUUUAUAACCUGCGCUUCGGAUAUAUUGGUUAUCAGCGUAACGAUGUUCGACAACCGUCCCGUGUCAGAGAUGGCUCAGUCGACGUCCGGUCGAGGAUACGAGCAACAGGCAGCCAGUGUAAAUCCUGGACGAUAAACGGCUACUGCCUGUCAGAUAUCGACCGUGUUUCUCGCCUGAAGCGUGCAGUGCCAGAAACCCCUCCGCGCAGUUCUUUCGAGGCUGCUACUGUCCUUGAUACUGAUUCUGUGGUAUACCUCACCGAAGAGCCGUCAACUCUCACUCGAGGUGUUCGUGCCUUUAAAUCGUUGUUCCUCAAACAGCUAGGUGAUAACCAGAUGCUAAAUCCCCUUCCAACCGGGAGUGCCUCUUCUGUGAUCCCAGCACCUUCUUCACUCACCUCGAAUUUGUCCAAUCUAUCGGUUAUUAGUGCCCCGCCUAGUAGUGAAGCAAUUUUCCCCAAGGCCCACGGUGGCAAUUUCAUGCUAUCAGCAGUGGGAAAUUCUUCGCAGGGCAACCAGUACUUUCUUUCUCAUCUACGUGAAUUAUGGCAGCAGGCCUGCUGUGCUGUGAACGUUCAUCUUGAGAGCAGGACUACCCCCGGACGAGAACAACAGCCACCAUCGGGGUCCGGUACGCCUAAUAAAGAGAUGUCUCAAGUGUCAGACCAGUCCGAUCGACGCACCGAAGAAUGGGCCGCAUCCAAGGUGCUCCCAUCCAACGGCACCAAUGCCGCACUUUCAACCUUGCCUCCUACAUCUCCGAAAUCGCGUGUCAAGCCAACCUUCAGCCCCAACGCAACUGUGGCAGCUGAAGAGUGGUCUAAGGGUGUUGGGCUUGGACCGAAUUCGCGACCUGCGCGCGGCAGUUGCAUGGCUAUUGUCAUAGGUUUAGUUGUGGGUGUCAUGUGGUUCUGAAUAUCCGUCGCUUCUUCACCCAGGACGCUCUCGUCAGGCUUCAAAAAUGUAUCUGGUCUGGAUGUCAAUUAAUGCUGCGGUAUAAUAUUAGCAAGCGAUCUUCCAGCCUACUACAAUGGUCGGGCGAUACGUUAGCAGUUUUGACGUGGCUUUUCAUGUUGCACGAUUUGGUUUGUAUGAUCCUGGAAAUGCGGACCUGGCGUUUGUUCAUCUCCCCGUUUUUAUUGUUUUUCUUCUCUUCUUUUCUCUCAGUCGGUGUGCAACUGGCUGCUGGUAAACUGUUUAUUCAUCCUUCUCCCCGUCAGCGUGUACGGGGCUGGGUUUGAUUCUCUGCAGCAAUAUUUGGCUUAUACUGUGUAUGGACAACUUCGACUGUUUUGUGUAUAUCCCUCGAUCUGGGAUGCCAUAUCUGAUGUCUUACGAGAUUCGAUUGCUUGGUUGAUAGAUAUGACUUAAGUGACUUUGUGAUAGUCAUCCACCAGCUAGCUUAUAAUAUUUAAUUGUUCUUUGGUGUCCACGAGAGGUAGCGAAGUGUCU